AUGACACCAUUACUGGGCGUUAAAUAUCGCAUGCAAAGUUUCAACAAGGUUGAUUUGCCGGUCCCGCUCGGCCCGAUCAGGGAGACUUUGGUCCCGGGCUCAAUCGAUAAGCUCAGGUGGUCUACGACCGUUUUCUCCCUGCCCGGAUACGUCGCAGAGCUUCAGACUCCCCUCUCUGCAUCGGAGCUCUGCGCCGCUAGUCUGAAGGGCCGAGCCCCUCUCCAAAACUCGACGCAGUGGUGCUGCGUCCAACAAGGCAUCGACAAGCUCUGGGACUGUGCGCGUUAG